AUGGUGCGUUUCGUUUCGACAUUAAGCCUUCUGAGCUGCGCGGCGGCUUUCGCCAUGGCCCACGGUGGCGAGGACAUGGACAUGGACAUGGACAUGGACAUGGACAUGGAUGCGCACGCAAGCACCACUGCCGUGGUGCCCGUGCCGMACGAGCCCAAGCAUCUGCACGGUCUCCCCAUCCUGCAGUGGCCCACGCUCACUCCCGCUGAAAGACUUUACUGGGAGAACUAUAACACCACCACCUACUUCACCACGAGCGAGGGCAGCCGCGCUGCCCUGCGCUACCACGCAAGCACGCUGCUGCUGCUUGCGUUCGUGCUCUAUCCGGUUUCGCUGGCGCUCAGCGCCGCCCGCUCCCGGUGGUACCUGCCCUUGCUCUUCGCCAACCUGUGUGUCGGCGCCUCCUCCGUUACGGCCCUUUUCCUGUACGAAACCUCCUUCCCUGGGGACGACUUGUAUCCGCACAACAUCUACGGCACGACCUCCGCGGUCUUGCUCGCUUUGAUGCUCGUCCACUUCUUUGCCGCCGUGCUCGCCGUGCCCGUCUCGCCAGAACCGCUACAUGACUACCAUCCCGUUGACGCCAUCCCGCUGGACGACCUAGAGUCCACCCCCGUCAUGGUGUCUCACAGCGCACGCGGGUCGCCGAGCCCUUCCUCCAACAGAGACACCCUGUGUUCGCUCUCGUCCGGCACCAACCACAAGCGCGGGCACGAUGACGACGACUACUACGACGACGACGACGCCGACGCCGACAUCACCGCCAUCGAGUCCCCGCCACUGGCUUCACAAGAAGUGCCCCUGUUCCACAUCCUGUUCGCUAGCGCCUGGUACCGGGCGCUAGCCCACCGGCUGUCGCGCCCCGCCCUGGCCGUCUUCCACCUGCUCAACUACUCGCUGUUCGUGUACGUCUUCGUGGACAUGGUCGUCGGCUUCGCCGUGGGCAAUCUGCUCGGCAAGGGCAUCCGCAUCUUCAACCUCCUGGCGCACUGGAUCAAGGGCGGCGUGUUCUUCAUCCUGGGCGUAGUGUCGCUCGCGCGGUACUGCGGAUUCGGCGCCAAGUACGGCUGGGCGUGGAACAGGGUCUGUAUCACCGCACACCUCUCGCACGAGCGGUCGUCCAACCUCCUGUUCCGCCUCGCUCCUGCGGGCACCGUCACCAUGGAGGGCAUCGAGUCGUUCCUCAUCUUCUUCUACGGGUCCACCAACGUGUUUCUGGAACACCUGGCGGGCAGCGGCGGCGCGUGGACCGCCAAGGACCUGCAGCACGUCUCCAUCGCGUUCAUGUUCAUUGGCACCGGGCUGUGCGGGCUGCUCACGGAGUACAAGCUCAACCACUGGCGAUUCGACCGUGCACGCGGCCAUUCGCACGCAGACUUGGUCGCCGCCACCCCCGGCUACUCCCCGAACCCAUUCCCGGCUUUCACCAUCUUCUGGACGGGCAUCCUCAUGUCCCAGCACGCGCAGGCCUCGCAGACCUCCACCACAAUCCACAUGCAAUGGGGGUAUCUGCUGUCCUACGGGUCCUUCUUCCGCCUGCUCACGUUCUUGAUUCUGUUCCUGGUGCCCAACUCCCGCGGCACCGCCUCCAAGCCCUUCACAGAGCUGAUCACCUCCUUCUGCCUGCUCUGCGGCGGACUCGUGUUCAUGGAGUCCACCGACCAGAGCAUCGACGCCAUGGAGUACAGGGGACUAACCCCCAUGUUCACUUUCAACCUCAGCGUCGGCUUCGUCUCGCUGCUGAUGGCCUGGGAAAUGAUCCUAUUUAUUUGGAAGGACUGGCUUGUCAAAACAAGGAAGACCAGCCUUUAA